AUGGAAGAUGAACAAGGAACUAGUGGGUACUUCAGCGACCAGUGUGAGAAUGCCACAGGACCCAAUGGCACACAGUACAUGGACUGUAGCAAACAGAACAAGCUCUUCUCCCUAGUUUUCACCAUCAGUCAUCAGAACCUCAGUCUUCUCAAUGGAUUCUUCUUUGACCGCUUCGGUACCAUGGCAUCCAGACUGCUGGCAAUAAUACUGUACACCACUGGUACCUUGUUGAUUGCUUUUUCACAUCCAGAGGUAUCCAAUAUACUGUUUCCGGGUCUGGCCUGCAUCGCAUUUGGAAGCAGCAUGUUAUUGCUCACAAAUAUGCAGGUGGGGAAUCUCUUUGACAUCCAUCAUUCCACCGUCAUCACCUUGUAUACCGGAGCCUACAGCUCCUCUGCCAUCACCUUCCUCAUCAUCAAGGUGGCAUCUGAAAGAGGGAUGUCUCUGCACCACUCUUUUUUCUUCUUGUCGGCAUGCAGCAUAAUCCACCUCAUGAGAACCUUCAUCCUCAUGCCAAAGAUGCACAUCCCCUACCCCCUCCCUGAGGGCUACACUUAUGGGUAUGAACCAUCAACCCUGGUCAAAUGUGUGCUCAGUUGGUUGUUUCUGUGGCACCUGGUGUGGGUGUCAGUCACGGCUCUGCGGCACCUCCUGUUCAUUGGCACCCUGAACCCCAUGCUGACCCUGCUGGCUCACGGAGACACAGCCCAAGUGAGCCACUACACCAACGCCUUCGCCUACACACAGUUAUGUGGGAUACUGUGCGCCCCCUUGAAUGGCCUGAUCAUUGACAGAUACAAGGGCAAGCUACGGGCCGAAGGAGAGACGGAGGAGGAGGGUAACCUGCGCUCUGUGGUGCUCUCUCUCUUCCUCACUGCCACUGCCCUGCAGUGCCUCUUAUUCUCCAUCUGCGCCACCAUACCUGUGCUCCCGCUGCAGUACCUGACUUUCGUCCUGCAAGUGGUCAACCGUGCCUUCUCGUUCGGAGGGAAUGCAGCCUUCAUCAGCAUUGCUUUUCCAGUCUGUCACUUUGGUAAGCUGAUCGGUGUGGUUAACGCUGUAUUGUCUGCGGUGUUGCUCCUGCAAUUCCCCUGCAUCAUCCUGGUGAAUGAGGUGUUGGAUGGAGACCCCUUAUACAUGAGCCAAAUCAUGUGA